UGCCAAGGGAAGCAUACAACCUCAACACUUCCAAUUGUCAAGUACAAGCAAACACCAAACAAAAGCAAAAUGUUCAAAUUCGUGACUUUCGUUCUUGCCGCUGUCGUUGCUUGCGCAUCAGCCAAACCCGGUGUUGUGGCACCAUUUGCCGCUGCUCCCUUAGCAGCCGCUCCUUUGGCAGCCGCUCCUUUGGCAGCAGCUCCUUUGGCAGCAGCUCCUUUGGCUUACGCAAAUGCUCCACUGUAUGCCGCUGGCGGCAGCAGCCAAAUCGAUGUACGCAACAACUUUGAUGGCACACUUUCAUCCUACACAACAACACCUUUCCAGUAUUCCGGCCCCUUCGCAAGCCGUUAUGUCUCCGGUGUUCCAGCUGCCUAUGCUGCCCCAGCUCCAGUUUUGGCUAAAUACGCUGCUCCAGCCGCCUUAGCCGCUCGUGUUCCUCUGGCUGCUUUGCCCGCGCCUUUAGCCGCUGCUCCAGCUCCUCUGGCAGCUUUGCCAGCACCUUUCGCCGCUGCCCCAGCUCCUCUGGCUGCCUUGCCCGCACCUUUGGCCGCUGCACCUGCUCCAUUCCUUCCUGCGCCAGCGCCACUGUUUCCAGCUCCUGCACCAAUACUUCCAGCUCCUGCACCAAUUCUACCAGCUCCUGCCGCAUUACUGCCAGCUCCUGCUCCAGUCCUUCCAGCACCUGCCCUUUUACCAGCUCCCGUAGUACAUCAUCAUCACCAUGUGGUGCCCGCUCCUCUGCCCGUACCAGUGCCAGUGUUGCAACCCGCGCUCGCUCCUCCAGUAUUGGAACCUGCAGCAUUUGUAGCUCCUUCAUACCGUGCCGUGCUCGGUCCAAAAACCACCACCCAUCACGUGUCAGUGGGUUAUGCUUUCCCCACAGCGCAUGUGUCUAAAAUAGUGACGCCUCACGCUCAUCUCCAUUCCGUACCCGUGCACUCGGCUAAGUUAUUGGCUCACCACCACCACCACUCACCCUUCUAAUUUCCUUUGUUGCAAAGAAAAAGUGAUUAAUUAGAGGCAAAGUCAUGUCAAUAUGUAAGAAUAUCACAAGCGAAUAGUACCAAAGUCAUUUAUGUGUGUAAA